AUGAAGUUCACGCAAGUCCCUACCCUGAGCCUCGCUUUGCUUCUUAGCAACAGGGCAGUUGGGCAGAAGCCGCUGGUAGAUUCUGCAUCUUUGCAGGCAGAUAUCGUUUCCGACAACCUGCGUGCGGAUCUUGUGGCAUUCGACGAGAUUGCAACCGCCAAUGGUGGAAACCGAGCAUUCGGCUACCCUGGCUACACCGCCUCGGUGGACUUUGUCUGGAGCAAGAUAUCACAGCUUGAUGGCGUCAGGGCCUGGAAACAGGACUUUCCUGCAGUCUUCAGCAGCGAUUCCGGAGCUAAUCUCACAGUCAACGGGGUCCGCUAUGAGGCUUUCCCCGUCUAUACCUCUCCGUACACACCCACGGGCGGGCUGACGGCUGAUGUCGUCGUCGGACCUGUAGGCAGUGCGGGGUGUGACAUUGCUUCGUACGCCAACCUUGAUGUGGCGGACAAGAUUGUCUUAGUCGAAGCUGGAGAUUGCCCGGGCGUUAGGCGUGGAUUCCUCGAUGGCAAGGUGGUAGCCGCUGCGAGAUCUGGUGCUCUCGCCACUAUCAUUUACAACAAUGUUACCUCCAGGCAGACUUCCGCCGGACUCUCGAGGUCCGACCCGAACGAUAUCCCUGCGGUUUUCAUUAACAAUGCACCGGGACUGGAGCUGAAAGGCAGGAUCAAGGCCGGGGAGACUGUCAACGCCACCGUGGUGUCCUUGGAGAUCACCGACACUAGGAUAACUCAAAAUGUUUUCGCUGAGACGGUUGGUGGUGAUCCCGAAAACACAAUUAUUUUGGGAGCCCAUCUUGACAGUGUCUCGGUCGGUGCCGGCAUCAAUGACAAUGCGUCAGGUUCGACUCUCUUACUCGAGCUUGUGACCGCCCUGGCCAAGUACACCACCAAGAACCGGGUUCGGUUUGCCUGGUGGGGUGCCGAAGAGCGAGGACUGCUUGGAUCGAAAUACUAUGUCAACAGCCUGCCGGCAGAAGAAGCUAACGAUAUCCUGGCCUACCUCAACUUCGACAUGGUGUCGAGGGGUUACUUCGGAGUCUUUGACGGCGACGGGAGCACGCACGGCAUCGCUGCUCCACCUGGGUCCGAUGCCAUCGAGCAGCUAUUCGCGAAUCACUUCACUUCCGAGGGCUUGGUGGCUACCCCAGCCCAGUUCACAAACGGGAGCGACUAUGCAUCGUUCUGGAAGGUUCUUAACAAGCCUGUUGGGGGCCUUCACACCGGGACGGGAGCUGCACAGGACCCGUGCUAUCAUGCGCCCUGCGACAACAUCAACAAUCCCAACAUCACCACACUGGCGAUUAACACAAGGGCCACAGCUCAUGUUUUGUCAAUCUUAUCUGUAAACGGCACGAAUAUUAUCCCGUAA